AUGAGCGCAAGACGGUCGUUACUGCGACUUUGUCGCCCUGCAUUCCGCCCUUUAGUAACCCGGAGCUUCCCCAGCGCCAUUCCAACCCUGUCACAGUCGCAACCUCCGCGGGGCUGGACGCCGACACCCUUUGUAACAGAGACGGUGGGAGGUGGCUGGCACACCUACGACAUCUUCUCCAAACUCCUCAAGGAACGAAUAAUCUGCCUAAACGGCGAAGUAGACGAAUCCAUGUCCGCUAGCAUCGUCGCCCAACUCCUCUUCCUUGAAGCCGACAACCCCAACAAACCAAUCCACCUCUACAUAAACUCUCCCGGCGGCUCCGUAACAGCCGGCCUCGCAAUCUACGACACCAUGACCUACAUCGCCUCGCCCGUGUCAACAAUCUGCGUCGGGCAGGCCGCCUCCAUGGGCUCACUCCUCCUCUGCGGCGGCCACCCGGGCCAGCGCUACUGCCUGCCACACUCGUCGAUUAUGAUCCACCAGCCGAGCGGCGGAUACUUUGGGCAGGCGACAGACAUUGCGAUUCACGCGAAGGAGAUACUGCGCGUUCGACAUCAGCUGAAUCAGAUCUAUAAGCGGCAUUUGAAUGGGAAGAAGGAGAUGACGCUGGAUGAGAUUGAGAAGUUAAUGGAGAGGGAUUAUUUCAUGGGGGCGAGGGAGGCGUUGGAGUUGGGAAUUGUGGAUGAGGUGUUGGAGCGGAGGGUUAAGGAGGAAGAGAAGAAGGAGUAA